GAAGACAAUAGCGACCAUGUACGACUCAAACCGGCCCCACCCAUUACUAGCCCAAGUAUCCCUAACCGUAUCCCCAUUCAUCUCCCUCCCCUCCGCAGUAACUUUACCAUACACCUACAAAUCAAUCUCCUCCACGCUUCCACCAUCAAUCACAGCUACCGCCGAUAAUCAAAGCGAUCCCGCCGGAAAAACGCGCUACGUCGUCUCCCCUACAGGCGGACAUGUAGCGCACCCGGACGAAAUCCUAGCAUCGUGCCAGGCCCUCGAAACACAUCUUAGAAAAACCAUAACCGACGCAGAGCGAACAAUCAAGGAAUGGGAAGAAGGUAUUCGACAGCGCGAAUUGGCGGAAAAAAGAAGAUUGGCGCCUGGUUGGUUGGAUAGAGAUGAGAAGUUACUUCAGCCUGAGGCUGUGCAUGCUUCUGUAAAUGCGUCGAAGGAUGGUUAUGCGCAUGGUGGGGAUACGGGUAUGAGUAUAUUGGAUUCGAGUACGAGGGAGCAGGAAGCACAGUCGGUGCCUGCUAUUGCGCCGAGGGAUGAGGGUGAGGAAUUGGAUAGGGUUUUUGGGGGGCUUGAUAUGAAGUGA